GGAGGGAGGUUAGGAGCUCCAGAUGGUGUUUAAACGCAGACAGAAGGCUACAGCCAGGACACAGAGAGAGGAGGAGGAGGAGAGAGCCGCGGUUACUGCGUGCAGUGGGCCCGUUUGCUCCACUCAUCAGUGAAGAUACACACAUACAACACAAGUAUUGAAAAGCCAGAAAUUGUGAAUCGCCAGAAGAGAAAGCUUAAAAUAUGCCCAGCUGACUGUGAUUUCCUUGGGGGAGAAGUGAAUCUUUUCUAGCACCAUCUGAUCGCUGGUCGGCGGAGGAUCGGCGCGUCGGAGGAGGAGGAGGAGAAGGAGGAGGAGGAGAAGAGGCAGAAGAAGAAGAAAAGAAGAAGAAGCAGGACCAUACAGAGAAACGUGGUGGCUGAGGAGCAGACUGUCCACGGGCUGUCAAAGAAACUGUUUUUUUAAAAAAACUGAAAAAGAGACGAAUCUGUCGCACCGGAUGUGUGCGGACUUGUUCCUCACACCACGGACUGUGGCUAAAGUGUGAACUAAAGAAGAGGGGUUUAAAGUUAUCACAGGAGGAAUAACAGACGCACCCUGCAGACGAGAGGAUCCGCAUCUUGAUCGUUUGCGUUUUUGUUUUUUUUUUUUUUGUUGUUGUUUUUUACGUGGGAGACGCACGGAUUUGUGAACAGAAACAAAACAGAAACCGCUGAAUAGUUUUGUCUGUUUAAAGCAGAACUGAAAGGGCUGCGAUUAAGCAACGUUUUUGCAGUUGAAACGGUAUUAUUUUUGUUUUUUGUUGUUGUUUUUCUUCCUUCUGUCCGGGAUGGUUAAAAUGAGCGGAUUUACAUGACUGGGACAAGUUGUGAUUUGAUUGCUUAAAAAGAAAGAAAGAAAGAAAGAAAGAAAAAACACUGCAAAACCAAAGACAUCGGUGUUCUUCUGGACCCAAGAGCCCUGGCUUUAUUUUGUCUUCCCUUUUUUGAGAAGGGAAAUACCUCAUAAUUUAUUAAACCUGGAAAGUCAAGACCCCUCUUGAACUCCCAAAGGAAAGUUAAACAUUUUUUUCUUGUGUUAGACUGUGGCUUCUGCCUCUUUUUCCUCUCGAUAUUUUCAAAAAUCACAACAAAAAAAAAAAAAAGGGAAAGGAAACACCUGAGUAGUUUUCCCCACUUUAUUUAGCAAAGGCUUUACCGUUUCUUUUAUCCAAAUAAUGAGGAUUGAGACGAUAUAAAACCUGUUGUAGAAACUACUCUGUGGAUUAUCACCACUACAAUUACCUCAGCUUGACCUCGACCUUCACAAAGUAGCAGAGUUCAGAAGGUUGGAACAAUGCCAGAUUCACCUGCGGAUGUGAAAACCCAGCCUAGGUCCACCCCACCCACCAUGCCUCCUCCACCCCCGGCUGUCAGCCAAGCAACCAAUCGCAGUGCUUCAUUCACCCCCACUACCAGUAAAUCAAUGCUGAACGGGAGCAGCCACUCUCCUACGUCACUGAACGGUGCUCCAUCCACUCCUAACGGCUUCAGUAAUGGCCCAGCCAUGUCAUCGACAGCCUCGCUUUCCAACCAGCAGCUCCCGCCCGCUUGUGGGGCCCGGCAGCUCUGCAAGCUAAAGCGCUUCCUGACCACGCUGCAGCAGUUUGGCAACGACAUAUCACCUGAGAUUGGAGAGAGAGUGCGCAGCCUAGUGCUGGGGCUGGUGAACUCUACUCUCACCAUUGAAGAGUUUCACUCCAAACUUCACGAGGCCACCAACUUCCCUCUGAGGCCAUUCGUCAUUCCCUUCCUGAAGGCAAACCUGCCGCUGCUGCAGAGAGAGUUGCUCCACUGUGCCAGGUUGGCCAAGCAGACUCCAGCUCAAUAUCUGGCCCAACACGAGCAGCUUCUCCUCGACGCCAAUGCCAGCUCACCGCUCGACUCCUCCGAGAUCAUGCUGGAGAUGAAUGAGCACGGCAAGAGGAGGACUCCUGACAGGACCAAGGACAGCUCAGAGAGAGAUGGGUUGCACCCGGAGCAUCUGGCUAAGAGACCCUGCACCAUCAGUCCCAGCCAGCGCUUCAGCCCCAGCACGGGUCUUCCUGCUCACCCUCCUCCCAACGGCCUCUCCACACACCCUCCAAACGGCCUAUCCCACCCACCCAACCCCCAAAUGGCACCCCAGCACUAUCGCUUAGAAGAUAUGGCCUUGGCACACCAAUACAGAGACGCUUACAGACAUAAUGAACACCGAGAUGCCCGAGACAGGCACCGGCAAACAGCAGUCCAUGGAACCCGCCAAGAGGAGGUGAUUGACCAUCGUCUUACAGAUCGAGAGUGGGCAGAGGAAUGGAAGCACCUUGAUAACCUUUUGAAUUGCAUCAUGGACAUGGUGGAGAAGACGCGCCGCUCUCUGACGGUGCUGCGUCGCUGCCAGGAGGCCGACCGGGAGGAGAUGAAUCACUGGAUACGGCGCUACAGCGACGUAGAGGAGAUGAAAAAAGGUGGGAGCAACGGACAGCACUGCCUUCCUCCUCCUCCUCCUCCUCUUCCUCCUACUACUCCUCACCACAACUCCUCUUCCAACACAGCUAGCAGCAGCGAGUCACUGCCCAUAGGAACUUCCUCGGCUGCUGAAAGGCAGACAGGCAGACAGACAGAGAUCCACAGAGACUUCUUACACAGGCCUCCCUCAGCAUACUUGCCAGAAGAAAUCUGGAGGAAAGCCGGUACUACAAGUAUCCCGCUCUCCCCAGCUCUAAAGCACCUCCAAAACAGGCAGGAGGAGGCAGUGAAUGAGGUUAAGCGACAGGCCAUGUCAGAGCUGCAGAAGGCGGUGUCGGACGCUGAGAGGAAGGCUCAUGAGAUGAUUUCAGCCGAACGCUCUAAAAUGGAGAGGGCACUGGCUGAGGCUAAGAGGCAAGCCUCUGAGGAUGCGCUAACUGUCAUCAACCAGCAGGAGGACUCCAGUGAAAGCUGCUGGAACUGCGGGAGGAAAGCCAGUGAGACGUGCAGCGGCUGCAACACGGCUCGCUACUGCGGUUCCUUCUGCCAACACAAAGACUGGGAGAAGCACCACCAUGUCUGUGGUCAAGGUCUGCAGGGGCUGCCAGGGGGCAGCAGUGUCCCCCUUGGCAACACGUCCUCCUCCAGUUCCUCAGCAUCCUCCAAUGCACCCCCCACCCACUCGGAGAGCACUCCUCCAGGACCCCUGUCCCUGGUGGGCCAGAGCAGUAUCGCGGGAGGGGCUGGCAGUGGCAGUGGAAGUGUCUCAGCCAGCCCCAAGGAGAGCAGUUCCAGCAGUGCCUCUCGCUCCACAACCCCAGCUACGCCCGCCCUGUUGGAUGCCACCUCUCGCUGACGUCUGUCCCCUGUCCCUUUCCCUGCAUACUGAUGCGACAAUGCUCACACUCCACACAAAACCAAACUGAGGAAUCUUCAUCGCACACUGCUCCCUUUCCACCUCGCCUAUUUCAAUCCUUAUUUCCCUCUUAUCCUAAGCUCUUGAAAAGCUUGUGAAAAUCGUUUCACUACCUGAUGACAGACUCGUUUUCUCGAAUUUCCACCCCGACGCCCACCUACAAAAAAUAUUUUUUCUGUUUUUGUGUCUUUUACAACCACAGCCACAACUACAAAGAUUCCAGCCUGGGGUUCAGUGCAGUGGAAAGCAUGAAAAGUGUCUCCUAUCUCUGUGUUCGGUCACAGAAACAUAUCAGACAUGUUUGCUGAAAACAUGAGCUUUGACUUGAAGGUGUGACUAAGAUGUGUCCUCAGUAAUGUACGCACGUUAAAUACUGUCCACAUACUGUAAGGACCCAAGACAAGGGCUGUGGUAAGACAACAUUGAUGGGGGUGGGAUGGGGGGGUGGGGGUGAUUAGGAUGAUUAGCACUUGGAUUGGACGUCCCUUUAAUUUAGCACCAAUGAGAGAACAGUAUCCAGCCCUGACAUGUGCACUACCAGUCCAAACAGUUCACUGAUGUGGCACUUAUUACACGGUGUCCUAAAGGAGACAGGAAAGGAACAUAACACCCUUUUUCAAACAGAUGAGGGAAUGGAAGGUGGUUAAUUCCCCAGAAACACAGCUUAGUAUUUAUUAAAUGUUUCUUUCUGGCUUUAAGGGAAAAUAAAGAAAAGUCCAAAUAUUCUAAAUAAAGAAUAAUAGUAAUGCUGAUGAUGAUGAAAACGAUAAUGAUAUGAAAAUAAAUUAAUUUUAAACUGCUAACUACCUUGCUAGCGAGCCAAGAAAAUCUACACCGGACUCACCUCUCUGCACCAUUGUGAACCCAAAUGAUUUCAAAGAUGAAAACUAACAUGAUCCAAACCUUUGUAUUACACUGCCAAAGUGAGUAAGUAAGCGAUAAGGAGAAGCACUCAUCUUAUAACCAAACGCAAAGCAACAUCACCUCCUCAGCAGAUAAGCCAGCCCUGAGAGGACCAGGCUGCAGAGAAACUGCAGAACGGGGACCCAGAGGUAGUCCAACAUUUAAAAAACAAAACAAAACAAAAAAAAUACUCUGACCUGCUUUGAUUUGCAGCUGCCUCCUGCAGUCUGGACAAAACUACAGCAAUUCCUCUGUGAUGGCCCAGACUAGUGAAUAUGGACAAUGCUGUGAACUUGCCUAUGAGAAAGACUUAAAUGAAGUGGAUGGAAACCCUGCCACAGUGUGAUUUUUUUUUGUGAACAGAGAGGACAGAGAGAAAAAAAAAAGGGAAAGGAAAAGCUACACAGCCUCAAAGGAGAUCAAGAUACAUACAUGGCAACAGUGCUGCCAAAAACCUCAAAACAAGCUUGAAAACAUUGUCCAGGAAGGCACUGCAUACUGCGGAGACAUAUGGGAAGAUUGUAAGUCCUUUUUUUUUGACAGCUCCGCAACAGGGGGAUAUUUCAAGGAAUUGCUGUUACCUUUACAUUCACUCCCACCUUUUCCAAAGCAUGAUAAACAGAUGAAAGAGCCUAGUAAAGGGCGGUGUAGACUUUUUUUCUCCUCUCUCUUUCUACCUCCCCUCACCCCACCACCACACACCCCCUUCUACGCUCAUCCCCUGACUACUUGACUCGAGUCUGCCCCGAACCACAGCCCGCUUUGGACGGAGCCUCGGAGCAGUCACGUGGGAAGGGUUUGAACCUGUUUGUAGAUAUUGUUCCUCUUUUCAAAUUUCAAUAAUGUCUCUUGUCGCUGAUGUCCAUAUGUGCUGCCCUUGUGUAUAUUCAGAAAGAUGAACUUUCUUUUGUUUUUUGUUUUUUUUUGUUACCUUUCGUUUUUCCUCCUUUGAGUUCGGGCUGAGCAGUGAAGUCAGAGCAAGGACACUUGUUGUUGAGAGGAAGCCCCACAUUUUACCUAUUGUUUGAUUUGUUGUAUCUAUAUUAAUGAGAUGAAACCCCUCUUGUAGAAUAUUUUGUAUCGCUCACAUUGUAAGACAGUGAGAGGACGGAGGUGCAAUAUGAAGAAAAUUCAGCUACUGAAUGGAACCUCAGCAACUGCCCAUAGGGUGUCAUAUAAUAUAGAUACAUAUAAAUAUAUUUAAAGUAACAUCAGUAACUUAAUGUGAAUGUACAUAGUAUUUAAAGAGGUCCAAAAAUGUGUUUGCCAAAUAACAGAAACCUUUAAAGUUUAAUGUCCACAAUAUGAUUUUUUCACACUUCAUUUGUUUCUGAAAUUUAUCAAUUCUCCCCUUUUUUUCUCUCACACAAGCUAAACACUUUUCAAAUUUUCCACUCAAAUCCAAGUGUCAUGUUACCCCGAGUGGAGGAGCCUGUCGGUAUCAGAGGUAAAGUGUCCCCGUGUGGUGACCACAAUGCAUGUAGCUGAAAAAGAUCGGGGGAGGGGGGCACUCAAAGACUUCCAGAGCAUUUUCUCAAUUAAUAUUUUUUAGGUUUCAUUUUAAUCUUCCUCAUUUUUAUGAAGUGGCAUAAUUUGGCCUAAACAUUGUCAACAUGCUUUAUUCGCCCCAUGUCAGCUUACGUCCUGCAGGAGGAGACUCAGCUGUGUGCACCAACAAAACGUGUAACAAAUAUUUGGUGGCCCAAAAUUUAGCUCCUUUAACACCAAAUUUAGGAAUUGUCAAAACUCAUGUCAAGUGUUCUAUUUUUUUUGUUUUGUUUUGUUUUGGUUUUUUUAAACCAUCCUUUUUGGCUCAAGUGCCACUGUAGUCGCCCUCUCCCUUGGUCCUCAUCAACCUGUGUGUAUGUGUGAAAGAGAGAGAGUGUGAGCGUGGUUAGGAGUUUUUGUUUCCCCCAAAGUGCAGGACUUGUCAUUACUGUAGGAUUUAAGUGAUAUACCAGUGUUAAGCUACAGUAAACCUUAAGCCUAAUUUUGCGACCCAAUCUCUGAAAUGUUUCCUUUUGUUACUGAUUCUUGUUUAUUUGUAGCGAUGCAAUUUAAGCUGUAAGCUGAAGAUCUGGGACGGGCUUAAUUUCCAGGCCACGAUAAAAGAGUCACCUUGUCAGAAUUUAUUUUGUUUUGCAGAAGUUUUUCACACACUUUAGCAAUAUGACCUCCUCUGGUGAACACAGUCUCAAGGCCUGUUGCAGCAAUGCUCACACAAAUUUGUUAUUGGCCUCAUGCAUGCUUGGACCAAACUUGGAAAAAAAAAAAAAAAAAAUUAGUAAGUUUCAAACAAAAUAAUUUUCUGCUUUUUGUUCAUCUACACAAUUUUUUUGGACUAUCUGAGACAUCAAAUGGAAUAAGCUACAAGGUACUCCUGCAUCUGUGUGUAGCAUUUAUGUAUGUGUGUUAUAAUUACCAUGAUACGGUGUUGACCUCGGACUUUCGGUGUCCUCCAUGCCCCGAUGUCUUGAUUCCUCCACUUCUACCAUCUGAUGACCACUCUUCAUGACUCCCCCUCACACUAGCUACCUCCUGUGACCAUACAGCUAACCACCAGGAGAGGUUGACCUGGACUUUGAAAAGCUGGGCUGAGAGCAGAUGUGGAAAUGCACAUUCAAAAGCAAGCUUACGAGCCUUUGAAAUUGAUCAAAACUAAAGCGCUGAAAGGAACUGCCAUUACUCGUGAUGUAGGAGGACAUUUAUUCUCACCAGACCUCACCUUUUUGAUCAUAUUCCACUAAACCAAACCAAUACUGCUGGAAUUUAACCAAUACAAAUGUGCAUAUUAUCUAACUGAAACCUGAAUCAACCAUGACAGGCCAUUUGUUGUUCAAAACCAAUAAAAGCACAAACCAAAGUACUCCUGCAUUGCUAGAGUAGGCUUUGAGACAGUGUGUAUUGACAGACCUGAAAUAAAAAAAAAAAGGUUAGAGCUCCACUACACCAGUUAACCAAAGUGUCUGAAAUACACACAAUCAGGGCACAAGAGUGAAGAGCACGCUCGGUGAACCGGCUGAGUUUCAAAUGUGUGGAAUUCUCAUUCAAGCAAUCAAAGCGCUUGUUGUCUACAUAUUGAAUAGUGCUUCUGUAAAGAUUAUGGAAGCAUCUUCUGUGGAAAUGCCUACUGAUUGCGUGCUCUUACAGUUACAAAGCCUUGGAGAGAUAAAAGGAAUACAUGGGGUGUGUGUGUGUGUGUGUGUUUGCCCGUGAAUGGUGCUGUGUGUGUUUUUUUUCGUAAAAAAAUGAAAUAAAAUAAAAUAAAAUCCUUUUUUUCAUGUCUCUGUACAAACUACUUGAAACCUUCAGAGCUUUAAUUAAAUAUCCCAGACAGACAGACUAUAGUGGCAGAUCAAUUCACAAUAUGUUGCAGCAGCUUUGUGCAGUAAAACAACAUUGUAAUGGCAGUUCCAUUCAACUUUGACUGCUUUGCAUGUGCAACCCUGUCUGAAAGUAAGCCCUGACACAAACUAAACAAAGCCAAACCCAAUAAACCUGUUAGAAAUGACCAAAAUGCAACCAAAAGCUACAGCCUUCUUCUUCAGAUUGCACUUUGGUUAAGAUUUUUGAGUUACAUCCCAGUAUUACAAGAACUUCAAUGUGGUCGAUUGUGUGGGACAGGAGACUGCAGUCCUGUGAAAAGAGGAGCUGCAGAGGAAAGAACAAACUGUCCACUUCACUGAGACUGUCCCUCCUGAUUUCACUGGAUAGGAUACAAAAGAUUAAAUACAUUUUCUGUUCAGCUGGGUGUAAGCUACAGUAAGUCACGACAAACAAAUCUGUGCCGAGGUGUUGUAUACUUUUCUCUGUUAAGAUAUUAUAGAUGGCAAACGCAUAAGGGCUCUGCUGUUGUGAAUACCAUCCAAGGGUCUCUGAACACUUUACAUCAGCCACUUUUUUGUUUGUUCAACUAUGUACAUGAUAUGGGCAAAACGCAUGUUUAUAAAAGACAAAUAUUAGCAGGUUGCCAUUUGUCUCUCCCUACCCCAACCAGUAACUAUACCAAUGAAGGCUCAUCUGAUGUGUUGGUGACACGUCCUUCCUGUGAAACAGGCACUGAUAAAUAGCUACAGUAGAAAGCUAAAGUGGCAAACAGUGGAUAGAGCACUUGUUUCCCAAAAGCCAUGGCUCAGGAUGGUCCUGUUUUUACCUUUACACAAACUGAAAAAAAGGUUUAUGGUUUUAUAUGUGUAGGGAAGCAUUCUAUACUGUAUUGUGCAAUACAUUAUUACAGAAAAAAACAUGUUUCUGUAGGAAAGGUUGGCGCUUUGAAGAUAUUUCUCCAUUUGUUUUAUUUCCCUCUUCAAAAGUUCCUGUUGCCGUUUUUAGAUGAAGUUAACUGUGCCAGAAGAAUUAAAUUCUGAUUUGUAUUUAUUUCUUGCAUGCUUUCCUCCCUGUUGCUAAUACCGCUCUUUAACUGUUCGCUCUGUUGGAUGUGUGAAGCUGUAAAACAUUCUAAUUCAGGUUAUUGUCUGUGUUGAACAAUGUAACUGUGUAAUUAAAACAUGAAAUGAAAUAUU